CCGCUGCCCCACACUCCUGGCCAGUGGGCAGGGGUGCAGCCCAGGCGCAAGGGGUCUCUGCUGGCCCUUCCUGUCUUGCAGGUUGGCUGCUACCAGGACAUCACGCAGGACAGCCUGGUGCUGUUCCGGCUGCUGGAGCCCAGACUAGAAAUCCUGGUGCUGGGUGUGGGUGACAAGGUGCAGCGCCUGGACCCCGCUGUCCUGAAGUCCAUGCGGGAGUGUGGGAUCGCAGUGGAGGUGCAGGACACGCCUAAUGCCUGUGCAACAUUCAACUUCCUGAGAGGCGAGCACCGCAUGGCCGCAGCUGCCCUCAUCCCCCCGAGCUGGCCGCACCCUGCACAGGGAACAUGAACUGUUACUAGGAAGGAGAAAAUACUCAGAAUAAACGUGGCCCCGGCCGUGCACAGCUGC